AUGGCACCAGCACCGACCUUUGCGGACGUCCUGCCAGUCAAGCAGCUCUCCUCGCAUCAAUACACAGUGGCCCUCGAGAACGAGUGGUGUAUAGGAACAGUGCCCAAUGGCGGCUACGUGACAUCGGCCUUCCUGGUCGUUGCGCGCACCCACAUGUCCCUCACCCACCGCAGUCGCGCCGAACCUCACCCUAUAAACCUACACCUGGAAUUCCUGCGGCGCACGUCUAUCGGCCCUACAUUAUUCACAGUCAAGGACGUGAAACUCGGCGCGCGCAUCAGUAAUCUGCACAUCACGCUGUCGCAGCAAGAAGGCCCCAACGACCAAUGGCAAGACGAAGUGGAGGGAUACAUCACCAUAAGCAACUUGGGCACGGAAGCGGGAUUGAGCAUUGACACGGACUACGAAUUGUACCCGCCAGUGCUUCCGGUCGACUUGAACCUCCUCUCGCGCGGCCAGGACCCGAACUACGCUCUGCGGGUGGAGGACCCGUUCGCUGAAUUCCGACGAGCCGCGCAGAAUAUCCAGAUGUUCCUGAUCCGGCCGGAGCGGAGGCCUGCAGGCCGGUCGAAGGCCAUCAUUGAUCAAUGGGUGCGGUUUGCCGUCGGCGGCAACGGCCCGAACGGCCGCUGGACCAACGACGCCCUGGGAUUUAUCGUCGACAUCUUCCCGCAGAUUGUCGAGAGCUAUGUCAACCCUUUCGUCGAGGAGGCCGCGCUGGGCCAGCACUCGGAAAGCGAGCUGAAAGAGUUCUUGCGCUCCAACGAGCCCCGCGCCAAAUAUUGGUAUCCCACGCUCGUGCUGAAUCUGGAUGUCAAAAAACUCUUGCCUCCGGAGGGCGUCGAGUGGUUGUUCGUCCGCGUCAAGGCCAAGGCAAUCAGGAAUGGGAGGUUUGAUUUGGACGUCGAGGUCUGGGAUGUCCAGAAGGAGUUGGUCGCCACGAGUUCUCACUCGAGUCUGGUCGUCGACGCCUCGAGGAAUACGACCCGCAAAGGGAAGACCAAGACCGCCAAGCUGUAG